AAUGCACGCACGGUCUGCCUGACACGGCGGCUUCCAGCCGCACGGGCUGGGUCAGUUCCACACACGCGUCCCAAUGGUGACAGUGCUCAGAAACGUCUGUGAUCGAAGAUCAGAAGAUGCACAACUGCCCCUUCACUGGCGACGCUCGACUAUUCAGGCCGCGCACCUGCUCGUCCAAAACGUACAAGUCGCUGAUCGGGACGUACCGGCUUCCCGUGGCGUCGACCGGGCUGGCUGAUUCAUCCUUGGCCCCCACACCCUCGGCCAGCAGCACCCAUUUCUCCUUGGAAUCUCCGCAAUAGAACUUCCUGGAAUGUGCAGGUGAACCUAGACAAAGGCUCCGGCGGUGUCACCGACAUAUGAUAUGAUAGCGGUUUCGUCUGCCGACGUAUAGGCACCCCCGAAAUUGUUAUACCCGGAAAAACAACGAUGGCUGCUGGUCUUAUCAGCUCAGCGGCGCUUGGGCGGAAAACUCGCGAUCUACGCAAGCCUUGUGAUAGAUAACCAUUUUUCCAACUC